ACACAUGCUUAGAUGGAAGAGGUUUUGCCAGCACAGUAAGAUUAUGGAGCAACUUUAUCCUCUUUACAAGAAACAAGUCACCUACAUUAUGCAGGAAUACAAUGAUGCCCUUCAGAGAGCUGAAAGAUUGUCUGUUGCACGAGAAAACUUCCUUAUGGGAAAAAACAAUCCUUCUAACUUAGUGACACAAGAAGACCUGACUAUUUACACAAAGUGGCUUGUGUGUCACCUACACUCACUCAGGACUAUUCACCACUACCUACAAUCCCUCCAGUAUUUGCCCAUCUCCAAAGUGCUGAGUGUAGCUGUUGAUGAAGUUCCUGAGGCUUGUCGGGAGAAUGAAAAUGUAUGUGUUGAUGACAUCAACUCUAAUACCCAGCGUUCUACAUCACCAGACCCUGUGAAUACUAGCAUUUCAGGGCUCACAAGAACAGAAGCUGCUUUCUUCCUCCCCCAACACACAACUGAAAGAGAAGAACUGAAACCCCAGCUGAGGCUCCUGCUCUCCCAUUUUAAUAUCCCAUAUGAUGUGGAAGAGCUAAGGGACGCUCCUAAGGAAAUGGAACUUUUCAACCUGGUUUCCCAAAAAUUUCAAAGCAUCUUUAAGGAGCAACAGAGAAUGCAAACAUUUCCAGACUAUGAUGUGAAGACAGCUAAAUUGGAGAAUUUGGGUUUGGCAGGACCUGGUGUGGCCUUGAAAAAGAAAGCUAACUGGAUUUCCUUUAUAAAAAUUAAGCCAAAAUGUGAUCCUUGGCAAAAGAAGAUUUUGACCAAACUAAAAGAACGGAGAAGAAUUGAUGUAUUAAUGCAACUCCAAGCAAAGUUUUUGAAGAUUUCCAGCCCUGAGCGAGUAAUGCAAGUGCUCCAAGACCACGCGGCAAAGACAGUCAUGCUGGCUGCAUCUCAUCCAACUUUCGUGGCUUCCCAGAGUUUGCAUCAGGACAACUAUGACCAAAUCUGGGAGAAUAUUUAUAGCAACAUCAACCUGUACCAGAAUGAAAAUAUGAAGGAGGAUGACCUUUCGAUGGAACAAAAUGAAAAUGACCCAGCACAAAUAAGUCUCUGCCAGCAUGCUGAUAAGCCUGUCAAGCAGAAAAAAGAGAAAGGAUACAGCUAUGCAAUGGCCCUGCAACUGCUCGGCUUAGACGAUGAGACUGGGCCCAGUGAUAGGGGUCCUAUCCUGACAAGGGGGACCUACCUGUCCUUUCUGUAUCUGCGCCACCUACGAAUCAGGGAGCUGCAGCGCGUCUGUUUAGGAAUUCUGAACUAUUUCAGAUCCAUCGAGCGAACAUUGACAAUCAACACUUCAGGCCUUACCAUGGUUGCAGGGAGCCUGGUCCCCACCAUAGAGGACAGUUCCUGGGUCAACAUGACAAAAGGAGGCUUGGGCAUCUUGCAAGGCCUAGGAGCUCACCACUAUGUCCAUGGGACAUCUGCUGAGCACAGGGUCCACAGUAUCCAAUUCAUGGAGUUCUCAGAAGUGGAGAACCAGGAUGACUACUACAGCAUAGAAGCUGGUUAUGUCUACACCCAGGACCAGCAAGGAGUGCAUGUCAUGUAUGAUGAAGCCCUGAGUGAUCUGAAGGAGCUGGAGGUGGAAAUGCUGCUUGUAGCCAGCCAUUACAUUGAGAAAGAGAAAGGUCACAAAGAGGGCAGCAAGUCAAAUACUGGCCAAGACUGGGGAUGGGCCCAUGCAAGUGUGGACAGAUUUGCUGUGCUAUAUGACAUAUGGACCUGGGAAGCAGCUCUUCUAGAAAAUAAGCGCCAGCUUCUUGACAGUUACUUUGAAGCCUACCAGCAUGUGUUGGACCCGGAGGAGAGGUUUGCCUUAGCACAAGUGAUCACUGACAUCAUGCACAAAUGCCCCAGGUUUGAUCUCAGCCACCCUUAUUUCAUUAAGGCCUACAGAGAUGAAUGCACCUGCCUGAGGCUUCACUUGCAGCUAGUGAGGGGUAUCCUGAAUCAGCACAUAGAGAGCCAGCGGGAGUAUGUCCAGAGGCUUUGGCACGGAGGCCAUCCAGAUGAUAGCAGUAACUUUGGACUUCCCCUUAACAUAAUUUGCAAACAACUUAUUUCCAUCAACAAUAGCCGCCCAGCGUUGAAAAAUAUUUAUCUGCUCGAGUUCCACCCUUCCCUGGGGCUGGCAUCGCUCAUCCCCCGAUGUCUUGAGCACCUUCUCCGGGAGGCCCGGCACACCUGCAGACCCACAUCAGCCAGCAGCCUCACCCUGCUGGAGGGACGCGUGCUGCGGCUGGCCCUGGAUGUGUGGCUCACACCACCCAAGCCCGAGUCCUGGUACAGCACACAUCUCCAGAAAGAUCUGUUUUCAGCUAACGUGAUGGGAGAUCCCUUUCUCGUGGAGGAGAUAGGUCUGCUUGCACUCAAGUCCGCAGCAGGCGAAGGACAGACCCAAAGCCAAGAUUCUCACGUGCUGCUCCUGGAGACCUUUUCCAGGCUUCUGGAACUCGUGACCCUCCGCCACCGGCUGAUAGAAAUGAGUCUGGAGAGUGUACACUUAGCUCGUCUCUAUAAGGAACUGGCAUGGGAGAUGGGUUUUGAAGAGUACCAUUUGUAUCUGAGGCCUGUUCACUUUGAAUUUGCAUCACACAAGGACAAAGUGGACCAUCCACCUCCUGUUUUUAUCACCUCUCUGCUGGAGGACAGUGAUCGAGUGGACAGAUAUUCUCCUACUACUCUUGUGUUAGCCGUCUCUGAGGUGGAUGAUAACCAGGUUGGCAAGUUUAGCUUUUAUACAAAGGAAGCCAUCCUUAAGCUCUUAUUCCAUUCAGGAGUGGAAAACAUGCAAGUGACCCUUGCAUGCCAAGCUGCUCAGAAAAAUGCUUUGAUGGUGGCUGUCCAACAAGCAUCCUUCUAUCACAUGUCCCAGUGGGGUUGUUCUGCUGAUGUGAAGGAAACAAGUUCAGAUCUGAGAAAUCAUGGUGGAAUAGGUCCAGCCAGAAGAAGAAAUUCCGGAAUUGUGAAUGACACAGAAAACUUCCUGUUAGCCCCAGCUCCAAAAGUUCCAGACACCCUUACUCAUCGUUCAGAAAGAUUCCAGGCUACCAAAAGGGCGCCGGAGGCUUUUGUGUCUAUUCAACUAGAAAAGGUGGGGCUGCGGGACAUGAUGCUGAACGCCUUCCUCCUCAGGAAACAAACCAUGGCCGACAGAGUGAAGAACCUUGAUGAAAUUGGUCAAGUCAAGAGAGAAGUUAUAGUUGAAUAUUGUCAGAAGUUCAACUAUCGUAUGUCUCACUAUGCUCUUCGGGGUCAGAUCAUGGCAUACUGCAAUAGCCUGAGAGCCCUGCUGGAAGAUUUCCCUACCAUCAGGGACACCUUUUUCAUGGUGGGGCAACCACAAGAAAAGAAAGGGUUGAGAGACUCCAAGGAGGGCCUCAAUGCUGACCCCAGGAGUUUUCAGCCCCGGCCAAGAUGUUUGCUGUCUGCUGACGGGAAAGUCUUCCUCAAUUUAUGGUUCAUACCCCAUCCUUCUGAAGUGCUGAUUAUGUUCAAAACUCUGCCAGAAAAGGCAGCUUUUCGAGCCUUAAAGCUAACUCUACAGCUGAUAGCUCCUCUCCAUGACAUUGUGGCCUACCUUUUCAGUUUUGCUAAACUUGGAAAUUGCUCAACAUGUUUUAAAUUCCCUCUAAGUACUAACCCUUUGAAAGGUGACUGGGGAGGAACUGAGGGCAUUGGGUCUGAGCUUCUAGAACUGCAGAAAAUGAUUGACAGCCUCCAGAGCCCCCAGGACCCUGCACACGUGUCCCAGGUGCUCCUCCUCCGAAGGGAGGUUAUGUUUUUGCAGUUUGAUGCUGCAGUGCGGCACCUCAUCCGUUUAAGUGUCUCUAAACAUGGAGAUAUUACAGUGUGCUUCAGGGCUCCCUGCGGAUUUCUGAGAACUACGGAGAAGGCCUCCUGUGAGCUGGGCUUGGCUUAUGACCAUGGUCUUGGUCUCGGCGUCUGA